GUCAAGGACGCGCCCGGCGUGGCGUAGCCGGCGUGCGCGGCUGCUUUUCGGUGUUUGGGUCCCUGCUCUCGGGCCGAGGGAGAGGCGAGCGCUGCGUUCGGCCGGGAUGUUUCCGGCCGCAGGAGCCGUGGAUGAAGAAGAGGAGCAGGCGGAGGAGGACUGUCCCGAAUUGGUCCCCAUUGAGACGAAGCUAAGAGAGGAGGAGGAAAAGUCUGGCCCCGGCGCUAAGAUCCCAGUCACAAUUAUCACCGGGUAUUUAGGUGCUGGGAAGACAACACUUCUGAACUAUAUUUUGACAGAGCAACACAGUAAAAGAGUAGCUGUUAUUUUAAAUGAAUUUGGGGAAGGGAGCGCCGUGGAGAAGUCCCUCGCCGUCAGCCAGGGCGGAGAGCUGUACGAAGAGUGGCUGGAACUCAGAAACGGCUGCCUCUGCUGCUCAGUCAAGGACAGUGGCCUUAGAGCUAUUGAGAAUUUGAUGCAGAAGAAGGGGAAAUUUGAUUACAUACUAUUAGAGACCACUGGGUUAGCAGAUCCUGGUGCUGUAGCCUCUAUGUUUUGGGUUGAUGCUGAAUUAGGGGUUGAUAUUUAUCUUGAUGGUAUCAUAACUGUUGUGGACUCAAAAUACGGAUUAAAACAUUUAGAAGAGGAAAAACCUGAUGGCCUUAUCAAUGAAGCUUCUAGGCAGGUUGCUCUGGCAGAUAUUAUCAUCAUUAACAAAACAGACUUGGUCUCAGAAGAGGACUUAAAGAAAUUACGAGCAACCAUUAGAUCAAUAAAUGGACUGGGAAAAAUUUUAGAAACACAAAGAUCAAGGGUUGAUCUCUCUAAAGUGCUAGACCUUCAUGCCUUUGAUAGUCUUUCUGGAAUCAGUUUGCAGAAAAAACUUCAACAUGUGCCAGCAACACAGCCUCACCUAGAUCAGAGCAUUCUUACGGUGACAUUUGAAGUACCAGGAAAUGCCAAGGAAGAAAGUCUGAAUGUGUUUAUUCAGAAUCUUCUGUGGGAGAAGAAUGUGAGAAACAAGGACGGAGACUGCAUGGAGGUCAUACGGCUGAAGGGCCCCCACCCAGAGGGACGAGCCUGCUCCCGCCUCCGCUUUAACACGGUAGCGCCGCCUGGUCGGGAGCCUAAGUGGCAGACUGUCUCGGUCUGUGACCGCUCUGUCGCGGCCGCUGACAGGACAGUUCUUAGGCAGCAGUCCUUCGGGCCCUGACGUUGCUGAGGCCGCCAUGGCCACACUGCAGGCAGCAGUGGCUUGUCCCGCACCAUCCAGGCGCGGCUCUUGUCCCUGGGCACGUGACGGCUUUCUGCGGCCCUCCGCCCUCUGUGGCUCUUCCCUUGUCCUGGCUCUCGUCACAGCCCCACGAGUCUGGCCUCGCAGACUUCCUCUCCGCCCUGCUGCGGGGACUCGGCGCUCAGCGUGUCUAACGCGUCCACUCCGGUAGCGGCCACACUCCCGGGCCCUUCGACAAGUAACACCGAAUGAUGUUCAGAGAGUUCUUUCCCAGGAGCGAUCGCGUGAUCAAAUUCAGGUUUAAAAAGGAGAAAACAAAACUGGGCAAAGGAAACCAGGAAGAACACACACCUAAAAUACACAAGUCCCCAGAACCACACCAGAGUUGUGCGGUGGGAAUGGCCAUGAGUGGUUUGUCUCUUGCUGUUUUACAACAUGUAUAUUAAUUUAUGAAUAAAUAAGUGUAACAAACAUUA